AUGUCCCAAAUAUUUGGCAUGAAACGUUAUUUUGCGGUACAGCGUUUCACUUUCGCUGCUAUGGGCAUUGAUCCAACUUCUGAGGAGCGUAUCAUAAUAAAUCCUGUGCUUGCAAUAUUACCGUUCUUCGCAUCGAUUACUCUGCUAGUCAGUAUUAUUACUUAUACCAUACAACAUAUAUCAAAUGUAGAUGAGGCCACCGAUGCCAUGUCACCAGGUUGUCAGGUUAUAAUGUCAACUUGGAAGUUUGCUAUACUACUUUACAAACGCAAAGAACUGGUGCGUAUUGUUAGAAAAAUAAUGGCUUGGAAUUUAAAAGCAACUGCAAAGGAAAGUGUUAUCAUUGUGAACGAAAAUAAGAUUGAUAUAUUUAUAUGCACCUACUACCACUUGGCAGUUGCCACCACAGGCUCUACAGCUAUAAUAUUUCCACUUGUCUUAACCGGGCUACAUUAUAUUAAAACCGGUGAAUUUCUGAUGGAGGCACCAAUUAAAGCAAAUUACUUUAUGGACUACACUAAGCUCGAUAAAUAUAUCUUCAUAUACGCAUGGACGUCAUGCUGUAUAUACUGUGUCAUCUAUGCCUCGUGCGCUAUAGACACGAUAUUCUUCUGGUUCAUACGAAAUAUUUGUGCACAAUUUCAGAUAUUACAUUUACGCUUCCGCGAGGCAGCUGAGGAAAACAAUGGCAAAGCUUCAAAGUAUUCCAUUCAACGUUGCAUUCAUAACCACCGUGAGGCGCUCGAAUUAGCGCAGGAGUUUAAUAAUGUUUUUGGUCCAAUAAUUUUUAUGAAAUUUGCCAUUAGCUGCAUACAGCUCUGCUGCUUGGCCUUUCAGUGCAGUCGGGAUGGCUUAACGACGGAUGCUGCUUUUCAUGCAUUAUUCAUAAUGUCGGUUGGUACCCAACUGCUUUUAUAUUGCCAUGGUGGUCAGAGGAUGCGGGAUGAAAGCUUAUUAAUUACGACUGCUAUUUUCACUGCUUUUAAAUGGCAAAAACUGAGUACUGGCUUGAAGAAGAUACUGCUUAUGCCUAUGAUGCGUGCCCAGAAGCCCUGCCAUUUAUCGGGUGUAUUCUUUGAUGUCGACUUAAGCUUAUAUGUGUGGGUAUUACGUACUGCAGGAUCAUAUAUAACGAUGCUUUGGACAUUAGAUGCAAAUUAG